CCUCUGCAAUUCUUGAAAGUCUUUCUCGGGAACUUUAACCGAAAAUUAAACUCUAUCCCUCUCUAUCAGAAAAAAACCCUAAAAUUGACAGUGCAAGUGGGAAGAACACAUCAGGAACCCCAGGGUUGGAUGAUUAAAUACUGUUAUUCAACCAAUAGUUCUUCAAUUUUGCAAUGGGAGCUAGUAGAAAACUUCAAGGAGAAAUCGAUCGAGUCUUGAAAAAAGUUCACGAAGGUGUUGAGGUGUUCGAUAGUAUAUGGAACAAGGUUUACGAUACUGAUAAUGCAAAUCAAAAAGAGAAGUUUGAGGCGGAUUUGAAGAAGGAGAUUAAGAAACUUCAGAGAUAUAGAGAUCAAAUUAAGACAUGGAUUCAGUCGAGUGAGAUCAAGGAUAAAAAGGUUAGUGCCUCUUAUGAGCAGGCUCUGUUGGAUGCUCGCAAGAUUAUCGAGCGUGAAAUGGAAAGAUUUAAAGUUUGCGAAAAGGAAACCAAGACAAAAGCCUUCUCUAAAGAAGGGUUAGGGCAACAACCCAAAACAGAUCCGAAAGAGAAGGCGAAAUUGGAGACUAGGGAAUGGUUAAACACUGUGGUAGGAGAGCUGGAGUCCCAAAUUGAUAGUUUUGAGGCUGAUAUUGAGGGUCUCUCAGUAAAAAAGGGAAAAGCAAGACCUCCAAGACUGACACAUUUGGAGACAUCAAUUGUUCGGCAUAAAGCUCACAUAAUGAAGUUAGAGUUGAUACUGAGACUUCUUGACAAUGAUGAAUUGAGUCCAGAGGAUGUUAAUGAUGUGAGAGAUUUCAUAGAAGACUACGUGGAACGUAAUCAGGAUGAUUUUGAAGAAUUCAGCGAAGUUGAUGAUCUUUACAGCUCUUUAGACUUAGACAAGGUGGAAUUGCUUGAAGACCUGGUUACAAUACCUCCUGGUCUUGUUAAGGGUGUCGGUACCGCAAGUGCAGUAUUAAGUAUGAAGCCUUCUGUAACUUCUUCACCAACUCAAGUAUCGGGUUCUUCCACUCCGGACCAAGUUGAAGAAACGGCUUCCCAGGACAGUAAUUCUGAUAUAGUUCCAAGAACUCCACCUUCCAAGAAUGGAAUAUUAAGUCAGUCGGCAUUGACCACACCAACAGGAACCAAUACAGCUGCUGCUACUAGCGCUAUGGCAGCACGUUCAGCAGUCGGUGGUUCAACGGUUUCUUCAGUUUUUUCUGCUCCAGAAUCUGCCCGAGGUGUUGGUGAUACUUCUGCUGCUGUUGGUUCAUCAUCUCCUAUUUCAGUGAAAGAGGAAGAGGACUCAAACUUUUCUAGCCACCGGUCUUCUCCAGUUCUUGCUGAUAUUACACUCGGAAGGAGUAUGGGUAAAGGGACUGUGGGUGGAGGUACAUCGACUCAAUCACUUAAUGGUGGCCAUCUGAGUACCAGCAGUGUGAUCCCCAGCAGCCCUGGAUCGCUUGGGGGAGCUCCUACUGCCAUGGAUAUGCCAAAAAGAAACAUUUCAGGAGCCGACGAUAGAGGAAGCACUACUAUUGUACAACCUUUGGUUUCACCUCUAAGUAACAGAAUUCUCUUGCCGCAAGUUUCCAAAUCUAGUGAGGGAGCUGUUUUAGUUGAUUCAGCUAAUGCUAGUGAGCCGACAAUGAUAGGUGGAAAAGUUUUCUCUCCACAGUGGAGACCUCACGCUGGAAGCUCUUUUCAGAAUCCAAAUGAAGUGGGCCAGGUUCGUGCAAGAACUGAGAUUGCUCCCGAUCAAAGAGACAAAUAUUUGCAGCGGUUCCAACAGGUGCAGCAGCAAGGACAUAGUAACCUCAUUGGUGUGCCUCAUUUAAGUGGAGGAAAUCAGUUCUUUCCACAGCAGCAAAACACUCUUUUACAGCAGUUCAACUCUCAAAGCCAAUCGUUAUCGCCUCAAGUUGGAUUAGGACUUGGAGUUCAGACGUCAGGUCUGAAUAGCGUAACAUCUGCUUCUUUACAGCAGCCAAAUUCUGUCCUCCAACAGCAGUCUACUCAGCAUUCUUUGAUGUCAGCUGGGUCGAAAGAUUCAGAUUUUAGCCAUGUCAAAGUUGAGGACCAGCAACAACAGCAGAAUUCAUCUGAUCAUUCAAGCAUGGAACCUUCUAUGAGUUCUGGGUUUAACAAGAAUCUCAUGAAUGAGGAUGAUCUGAAGACACAAUAUGCAGCAGAUACUCCUGCUGGAGUGUCUAGCUCUUUGUCAGAAGCUACCCAAACUCCGAGAGGCAUUGAUCUUUCUCCUGGACAACCUUUACAGUCCAAUCAACCUUCUGGCAGCCUGGGUGUCAUAGGCCGACGAAGUGUUUCUGAUCUUGGCGCUAUUGGUGAUAGCCUAAGUGCGUCAACAGCAAAUUCUGGCGGAUCGCAUGAUCAGUUGUAUAAUUUGCAGAUGCUUGAAGCUGCUUAUCACAAGCUUCCUCAACCCAAGGACUCGGAACGUGCAAAGACUUACAUUCCAAGACAUCCUGUGGCCACCCCACCAAGCUAUCCUCAGGUGCAAUCACCCAUUGUCGACAACCCAGCCUUUUGGGAACGAUUGGGUCUUGAGACAUUAGGAACGGAUACUUUGUUCUUUGCCUUUUAUUAUCAGCAGAAUACUUAUCAGCAAUACUUGGCUGCAAGAGAAUUGAAAAAGCAGUCCUGGAGAUACCAUAGAAAAUAUAAUACAUGGUUUCAAAGGCACGAGGAGCCCAAAGUUGCGAACGAUGAGUAUGAACAGGGGACGUAUGUUUACUUUGAUUUCCAUAUUCUCAACGACGAAAAGCAACAUGGAUGGUGCCAAAGAAUCAAGACUGAGUUCACCUUCGAGUACAGUUAUCUCGAAGACGAACUGGUUGUAUAGAUCUGUGUAUUUGACGCAGUGGUUGCAAAGAGUAGAGAGUCAACACUGUGAUCAACUAGUUAACCUUGGUAAUUCAAGGGGUUGUUUUAUCCACAAGAACACAAGUGAUAAACACUUGGAGCAGAAACUUACUUCUUUAUAUUAAUAGCAAUAUCCUUCAACACAGGUUUUCUGCA